CAACAGAACUGGUUUUACAACAAACACGCCACCCAAGUUUCAACUCAGCUUUCUCGAAAGAAUGGAGCUUGUGAAACAUUCAGGUGGCUGCCACUGUGGGGCUGUGAGAUUUGAAGUCUGGAGCUCACCCGACCUUCAUGUUUUUCAUUGCAACUGUAGCAUUUGCACCAAGAAACAAAACCAUCAUUUUAUUGUUCCAAAAAGUCGCUUUACACUCUUACAGGGCUUGGACAACCUGACUACAUACAGCUUUAAUACUCAUGUGGCUAAACACACCUUCUGUAAAACCUGUGGAGUUCAGAGUUUCUACAUGCCACGAUCCAACCCCGAUGGAUACGGUGUUGCUCCUCACUGUCUGGAUCCAGGUUCUGUGCGCAGUGUGACGGUGGAGACAUUCGACGGGGAGCGGUGGGAGGAAAGCAUGAAGGCUCACAACAGCAUCAGAGACAUGUCUAAACCUGGAGAGGACAUGCAGCAGAAAUAACACCAACUGUGAUCGACUACUCAAACUUUUCUUUAAUUAGCAUUUCCUUAGAAAAAUGUACACAGUAACAAUCAAAAAUAGUUUUUAUACAGAGCUCUGACUUAAAACAAGUCACAAAAAGACUUUUACUCAGUGUACCAAAAAUAAAAUCAGUGUCAGCUUUGAUAAAAGUGCCUUUGAAAAUAUUCACAGAAAUAUAAAAAGCAGGCUGAAAGUUCAGCAAACUUUUAGUAGAACUUCAGAUUCUUCAGCUCUUGUGGAAUCUCUUGGAACGUGUUGAUGAACAUGUACCGGGAGAAGGCGAUGUAGAGGUACCGAAACCAUAAAAGCUGUGAGCGAUGACGCAUCAUGGCGGCCUAGCAA